CCGCAGCACCGAGCACACGCGCGGCAGCAGCAGCAGCAGCAGCAGCAGCAGCGGCGGAUUGAAACAGUCCCAACCAGGGACAGACAGGGUGCAUCGUCCCCUGCCCGAGCAGCACACCGACAGAAGAAACAUACAGCGUUAAAAGGAGGGAAGACGACGUUUUUUUAAAACCCUACACUGCCUUUAAACAUUUGUUUUUUAUCGCCAGGUAUCAAAGAAGUGCGUCUACCGGGAAGUUUGCUCCUCACAGCAGCAGUUACUGGAGCAUGAAAGCCGGUGUGUAAGUUAGAGGAGAGCAUCAACCUAAACUUCAGUGACUCUGUUAGCUCGGUUUAGGCUUAUUUCGUCGACUUUUCUGCUUGAAACCUGCAUUUUGUUACCGUAAAAAAGCUAUAUUUGACCGUGGACGCUUCCCCGUGUGGUCACAAAAAAAAGACCUUCCAACUUUGUAAAAACGAUAGUGAGGUUAUCUCAGUGGCGCCUGACAUCCACAGAGUAAAUACAAGACAGAAAACAGAGAAGCAGGGCAGCGGGGAGAAGUGGAUGUAUUUUCAGCCAUGGAUGUAACAGUUUACCCGCCGCCUCCUCAGUCUCUGGCCGCGUCAGACCACACCAGGCUGGGGCAGCUCUCCUACCCCGACCCGGCCUUUGGGACUAACAAGUUGGAAGGGGACACCAUGUUCCUGGGUAUGCCAGAAGCAGGCCUUGACUUUGCUUCAACCAAUCAGUUUCGUGUGCCACAGCCCCCUCACCCUCUCAGCAAGGUGACGCCUCACAACCCACCCUCGCAGCACUGGAGGAGGGACACACACAUGGCCGACACACACCGUCUGCCUUGGUCAUACUCAGUGGGUGGUUUGGGUGAUGAGGACUUCAACAUCCCGCCCAUCACUCCCCCCACCCUGCCAGACCACAUGCUGCCCCCCCAUCUCCCCCAUGAUUCCCCCUCUGGACCGUACCACCCUCUGGACACCCCCUCCAACUCAGCUCCACACCACCCCUACCAGCUGCAGGGUAUGGAUCUGCCUGGCAUGCCUGGUAGCCAAGAUAGAGCUGGUAUGUUGAAUCAAGAUGGUGGCACAUUCAGUCCUGAUGGCGGCCCGAUGACCAGCACUCUGUCUGUGAUGCAGCAGAUGGUGAACUCUGAUUCUCGGUUUACCAGCAGCCAACAGCCAAUCGAAGCAGCGCUCGGACCCAGGAGCAAAUCAGGCAUGAACCAACAAAGUCAGUUGUCCACUAUCAACCAAUCCCAGCUGGGGCUGAGCGGGACCUCUGUUGCCCAUAAUUCCCCUUCACCUCCUGCGAGUAAAUCCGCUACACCCUCUCCCUCCAGUUCAGCACAUGAGGACGACAAUGAUGACGGACUCAGGCAGAGCAGUGGAGCGGAGAAGCGGCCAGCAGCACUGGACAUCUCUAAGAAACCCAAAACACCAAAGAAGAAGAAGCGAAAGGACCCCAAUGAGCCGGUGAAGCCAGUGUCUGCCUACGCCUUGUUCUUCAGGGACACCCAAGCCAACAUCAAGGCCCAGAACCCCAAUGCCACCUUCGGGGAGGUGUCAAAGAUUGUGGCGUCCAUGUGGGACGGCCUGGGAGAGGAGCAGAAACAGGUGUACAAGAAGAAGACGGAGACAGCUAAGAAGGAGUAUCUGAAACAACUGGCUGCUUACAGGGCCAGUUUGGUCUCACAGAGUUACAAUGACCCAUGUGAGAUGAAGCCCCCCCACUCUUCCUCCUCAUCUUCCUCCUCCUCUACCUCAAUGUACACACCCAAACCUUCAGUGUACGGCGGCCACCCAGGCCAGCACCCUUCCUCCGGUUCACUCGCCCACCCUCACCCUCUCCCUCCCCCUCAGCACCCAGGCAUGUACAUGUCAUACCCUCACCCAUCACACCCCUCCCAUGCCUCAAGCCCGGGCCUCGGCUCCCAUCACCUGCCCCCUCCUCACACCCAGAUCCACCCCCAGCUCCAGGCUCUGUCCUCCAGAGGGACCGUACCACGGCCCAGUGUCCCCCACCAGGGAGCUCUGUCUCUUGGCAACGUGGCGGCAGCUUCCACCCCUCCUCUCCAGGUCAGCCCUCCCCUCCACAGCCAGGCACACCUGGGAGGGCUGCACAGUCCACACCAUCAGCACCAGCAGCUCAGUGGACACUCAAUGGGAAUGACACACUCGCCUGCCAUCACACAGGGCUACCCUCUCUCCCUCCAGUCUGACUACCAGCCAAUAGGAGGAGGUAUGAUUAAUAGCGGAGCGGUGAUGUCAUCAUCAGUGGACUACCACCAGAUGGGGCGACACACGUCCAACCACCACCCUUCUCUGGACUGGAGCACUGAUUACCAUGGCAACGGAGGUCUUCAGAGAGACAAACCUCUGUUCCUGAGCUAAUCUCAGUACAAAAUGACACCAAACAUCAACCAAGCCCUUCUACUGCCACACCGUGGAACCUCCAGCCUCACUUCUACAUGAGCCCACGCCUGCCUGAGAGAGCCGGCGAUUCAAGUGGAUUUACAGUGGGCUCAACCAACCAACAAGCCACCCAAACCUGAACCAAACUGCAGUUCAGCACUUCAGACAAAACUCCAAAACACAAAUUUAGAACAUUUAGUGCUGAGUGCCAUGCAUUACAUAAAGAUGGAAGUAAAUAUCAGGAAAAUAAUAGGACAGUUCUCUGUCAUUGGUACGUUCCUCCUAAGAGACAACAGGACAGUGUUAAAAACAGGGAGAUAUACUUUUUCUCUGCUCCUGCAUGUAGAUCGGUUGGACUUGUUUCCGUAAUUGGCUGUAUUUUUUCUACUGAUUACUGCAUAGUUACUGCAUAAGAAAUGCUACAAUUUGAAUAGUUCCAGUGAGGAGAGGUGGGCAGCUCCUGCGCUGUGAACCAUGAUGAUAGGUGUAUAUACCACAGGUACCCUCAGAAAGGGAUAUUCUGUCUAACUGCUAACUUCCUGUCUGCCUGAAAAAAAUCUUUAUACCUACUCGGAGGUAAAAUUUUUGUAAAGAUGGUGUUUACGCCAGUUCCAAAAGGCUCUGAAGAGCAAGUGUAAAAUACUGUAACGUAAUUGUUUGAGCUGUUGAUUUAAAGCCAACUGAUUUUUUUUUUUUUUCCUUUGGCGUCAUAGUAGCUGUGUCCUUCUCCAGCCAAAGUCAAAAGAGCACAGCACACAAACAAAAGGUUGAUAACCAAAUACAACAAAGUUUUACAAAUUGUGUCUCCCCCCUGUUUCUUUAAUUAUAUGAACGUUCAAUUUAAUGGCCACUUAUGCAGUUUGGGCUAAAGUCCCACACUGUCUGCAGAGACAGAAAGAUGUAAUCUGAUUCUAAACAGAGUGAUUAUGACUGAAUUCACACUGCUUCAUUCAGUUAAAGACAAAUAAGAGAAAGAGGUGGAAAGGCACCUGAAGCUGUUUGUUGCCUUUUAACCAGGCGAUUAAAGAACUUUCAUUGUUCUCUCGCAGUGAAGCUCAGAUCUGCAGGGUACAAAUCCAAUGUAUUUUAGUCCUUGAAAUGAUGAAAUGUCAAACAAGUCUUUGUUGAAAAAAAAAAAGAAACAAAAAUACUCCUUUGUACGAUGACAGCUCCUCCUCCUGGCAUAUGUCUGUUGAUAAUAUUGAUUUUGAUCCAAACUGUGUGAGUGAGUGUGUGAAGUGUUAAUGAGAAAGCGGAGUGGUUGAUUGGGUUGCAUGGUCUCUUUUGUCAUCUCUAUUUCUCUGUGCACAGAGGCUAUUUAAGAAACUAUAACUGUUGCUGGGUUGGCUGUGUUUUAAUGUUGUUUUUUUAAUCAAAUCAAGUUUUGUUUUCAUGUUAAUGACGAUGAUGAUGAUGAGAGACAUAUCUCUCUCGCUCUGUAUCUCUUUGUAUUCAUGUGUUUUUUGGCAGAUGAAAGGACUCUGGGUAACAACAACCAUGAAGAUUUUCUUAUUUUUAGAUUCUAAUAAUGUGUUUGAGAAUAAAGUCAGUGCUGCACUGAUGUGCAGUCAUUA